UUGAAGAAAAAUAAAAAUUAUGUCGAAUUAAUUUUCCCUUGGUCCACCUAAAAAUUCAUGCCCCCUAAACUAUUUUUCUGGUUCCCAUGCUUACUUGAAAGAGCCUUCAUUGAAAGUUCAUUAACUACAAGCAAACAACAAUACGGAAAUGCGUGAUAUCAAACCAUAAUGUCAAAUUUAAUGCACCUCAUCCACACACACACCUAACUUGCACAACAUCUCGUUUUAAAUACACAGCAACUAACCACUUCAUGUCUACUUCAAUCUCCUACCUAGCUAGCUAAAAACCAGUGUACUACAACUUGCUUGCAACAUCCUCAGUUUUAUUUCCCAAACUGGUCGCUAAUUAAAGAAAGGGAUCUUAGAGUAUGGCGGAGAAGAAGCAAAAAGGAAACGUUGUGGUGUCGGAAAGGGCGGCGGUGAAUGAUGAAAGUGGCAGAACCACCAGCAUGCGUACGGCGGAGACGCUGUUCCGGUUGUUUCCGAUGGGUCUUUGUGUAACUGCUCUUAUUGUCAUGCUUAAGAAUACUGAGACUAAUGAUUAUGGCUCUCUUUCAUACACCGAUCUUGGUGCUUUCAAGUAUCUAGUUCAUGCAAAUGGAAUAUGUGCGGGUUACUCUCUACUUUCUGCGGUGUUUACAGCCGUUCCUCGACCUCCCACCAUCUCUCGAGCUUGGACCUUCUUCCUCCUUGACCAGGUGCUGACAUACGUGAUCUUAGCAGCAGGAGCAGUAUCAACAGAAGUAGUGUAUUUAGCAUACAAGGGAGACACAGCCAUCACUUGGAGUGCAGCAUGUGGUACUUUUGGGGCAUUUUGCCACAAAGCUACUACUUCAGUUAUCCUCACUUUUGGUGUCAUGUUAUGUUAUGCUGCUCUUUCUCUCAUCUCAUCUUACAGGCUCUUUAGCCGAUUCGAUCCGCCUAGCGCUACUCACGACGCCAACAAGGCCGCCGAGAUGGCAGCCUUUCAUGCUUGAUUAUGGCAAUCACACUGAUCAUUAGUGCUUUGUGUAUCCUCUUGACAAUGUAAUGGACAUGUAUAUGUAUAUCUUAUGUUGUGUAUUUGUGAUAACUAGUUGUUGGACCGUCCCCUGAAAAAUGUAAAAUUAAUUAGUAAAACAAACUACUGAUUAUAGGCAUAAUCGUUCUAAAGAAAAUUAA